AUGAUCAAGAAGCGCACAAACAAGGCUCAACCAGCUCACCAGAGAGCAACCAAAAAGACAAAGCCUUCGGAACAUGGAGAGGCGGAUGAAGAAAAUCAAGCAACAACAACAUUAAAUAAUUCAGGAGAUGGUGAUGAUGAAAACACCAUACAUACAGCAGCAACAACAACAACAACACAUGAAAAUAAUAUUGAUAAUACAAGUCCACAUUCAAAAACUCGUUUAGACGAGGACGAGGACAAUACUGGUGUGUUAUCUACAGCAGAGAAAAUCAAGGAACGAAAGUCUAAAUUGAAUCAAGAAAAUUCUCUUCUUUCAUCAUCUACCAAACAACAAACGAAAAGUAUUUUACCAAUUCAUGAAACCAUCAUCAAGGCAAAUCGAGAGGAAAAACAAGAUGAAUCUUAUUUAGAUCGUAUAACUUCAACCAACGUGAACGAAUUUGAUGAGUUGGAUUCAGAAAAGAAAAAGAAGGAUGUAGGUCCCACAAAAGUUUCAAAGCACGUUCGUGUAACAAGCAGAAUGGAUUAUCAGCCAGAUAUUUGCAAAGAUUACUACGAAACUGGAUUUUGUGGCUAUGGUGACAAUUGCAAAUUUGCUCACGUACGAGAAAAAUAUGUCAACUCAAUCGAACACACAAAGGCAUGGGAAAAAGAACAACAGAAAAAAGUCGAAGAUGCUCGAACACAAAAAGACUCUUCACAACAAUUACCUCAUGCAUGUUUUAUUUGUAGACAACCAUUCAAAGAUCCAAUAGUGACCUUAUGUGGACAUUACUUUUGCAGUAAAUGUGCCAUCGAUCGAUAUAAUGGUGGGAAAGAACCACAUUGUGCUUGCUGUGGACAAAACACAAAGGGAGUGUUCAAUACAGCUCACAAAAUCAUUGCUGCCAACAAGAAAGGUGCUAGUCAUAAGAAAUAA